AUGGAUGAAAAAAAAGAACAAUUACAAUCAAAAUAUUUACAAUUCAGCCAACAGAUAGUUGAAGAUCCUGCCAAUCAUGAAAUACAUCAACAAAUGGAACAAAUUCGUAAUGAUUUGAUUGAUAUUGAAAACAAGUCUAUGUCGUCGUCAUCAUCAUCAUUAUCACCAACAAUAAUUGUUGAAGAAGAAGAACAACCAACGAAUGAAACAGGUUUAUCAAUUCAACAAAACAUAUACAAGCAUAUGAAAUACUUGUUUAAUUGGACCAGUGCUGUUAUUAUAGGACUUAUGAUUACUAUAAUUGGUGCUUUCGUUCUCAAUCAAGUUUCAGGAAAAAAAGCUUUAAUUGUAUGUUCUAUCUGUUCAUUGAUUCUUGUUUUUGUUUAUGUGUACCACAUCAUAGCAGAAAAAGAAUGUGAAAAUAAUCAAAUAGUUGAUUCAGAACCUGAAGAAUUAAACUAA